AUGGCUAAUAUAAACGGGAGCGAGUACCUCCCAUGCCGUCACUUGGGCCUCGGGGGCGGCUGGGGCGACGAUGGCUGUCUCGGGGGCAGCGUCCUGCUGGGCACUGGCGGCGGCCGCGCUGGCAACUGCGCCGGCACCACGAAACCCUUCAAGCCCGGGGGUGGCGCCGGAGGCGGCACUCCCGGCGGCAGGGCCGGCGGCGGGUACGACGGCGGCCCCCCGGUCGGGGUCACCGAGCCCGGCUCGGGACUCGGCGGCUGGAGACUCUCCGGCUCGGCUCGGGCGCCCCCCACAGGCAGCCGAUUCGCCCCCUUGCGCUUCUCCCCCGCCGCCACGUACGAAAACACGCACAGAACGGAGUAG